AUUCAGGCUGCUGCUGCCGCCGCUGCGCUCGGAGAGAGAGAGAGAGUGAAGUCUCAGCGAUGGAGACAGGAGUUGUAAACAGCGCUGCUGCUCGGUUCUAACAAAGGCAGCCCGCUGACGGGCUCGGGAUUCGGUAGCUGGGUGUUUGUCCUGGUUUGGAGGAGAAGCUGGGGGUCUGAAUUCGCGGCGGAGAGGAGAAAGUUGGGCUUCACUGGGCGCCGGAGUUCGGGGUCUGUUUUCCACCAGAGUUUGUUGGUUAGCGCGCUAGCCGGGGUUUGUUUAGCGGGUUUGGGUGAUUUUAAGAGUGUUUUAAAGCUAUUUCGUGUGUUUACUGUCUGUAAUGGCGCUGCAGGCGAGAGUUUUAUACGACUUUACUUCUGAAAACCCCGGAGAAAUCUCGGUUAAAGAGAACGAGAUAGUGACUCUAUACAGCGAGCAGGAUAUAGAGGGCUGGCUGGAGGGAACCAACAGCCGCGGGGAGAGGGGGCUGCUCCCAGCGUCCUACGUCGAGAUCCAGAAGAGUGGAAAACCCACCUCCUACAACAACAACAGCACUUCUGUGGACGCCUACCAGGGCUCUCGCUAUGCCAACAUUCCCCCAGGAGGCUUUGAUCCAUCCUACAAGAUCCCAAACCAGGUAGAAAGCUAUAACAAGUCUUCUGCUUCAAGUUUUACAACUUUCUCUGGACCACCACCACCAUCAUCCCAGCAGCAGGGCUACUCUGUGAGCCAGGGCAGUGAUGAUGACUGGGACGAUGACUGGGAUGACAACUCCACUGUGGCUGAUGAGCCAGGAGUUGUCAGUGGAGGCUUCCAUGACUUUGAAGGCAAUGGACCCUCCACCUACAGAGUGUCUACCUCCAUGUCCAGAGGUGGAAAUGCACAGCAGGCUAAGAGUUCGGCCACGGUCAGCAGAAACCUGAACAGAUUCUCCACCUUUGUGAAGUCAGGAGGUGAGGCCUUUGUCCUAGGCGAAGCAUCUGGUUUUGUAAAGGAUGGAGACAAAAUCUGCGUGGUGAUGGGUCAGUAUGGCCCAGAGUGGCAGGAAAACCCCUACCCCUUCAGCUGCACUAUUGAUGAUCCCACCAAACAAACGAAGUUCAAGGGAAUGAAGAGUUACAUCUCCUACAAAUUGACCCCGACCCACACGCAAAGCCAAGUAAACAGAAGAUACAAACACUUCGAUUGGCUCUACGCGAGACUGGUGGAGAAGUUUCCAGUCAUCUCUGUUCCACACAUCCCAGAAAAGCAGGCCACAGGCCGCUUUGAGGAGGACUUCAUUUCCAAAAGAAGAAAAGGUCUAAUCUGGUGGAUGAACCACAUGACCAGCCACCCAGUUCUGGCCAGGUGCGACGUCUUCCAACACUUCCUCACCUGCAGCAGCACAGACGAAAAGGCUUGGAAACAAGGAAAAAGGAAGGCAGAGAAGGACGAAAUGGUUGGAGCCAACUUCUUUCUCACCAUCAGCACUCCAGCGGCCCCACUUGACCUCCAGGAGGUGGAGAGCAAGAUUGAUGGAUUCAAGGCCUUCACCAAAAAAAUGGACGACAGCGUGAUCCAAGUCAACGCCACCCUCAACGAGUUUGCGAGAAAGCAGAUAGCUGGAUUUAAGAAGGAAUACCAGAAAGUUGGACAGUCCUUUAAAUAUCUCAGUCAGGCCUUUGAGCUUGACCAGCAGGCAUACUCCACUGGUUUGAACCAAGCCAUCGCAUACACUGGGGAGGCCUACGAAGCCAUUGGUGACUACUUUGCAGAGCAGCCAAAACAAGAUGUGGACCCUGUGAUGGAUCUCUUAGCACUAUAUCAAGGACAUCUCGCCAACUACCCUGACAUCAUCCAUGUCCAGAAAGGUGCCUUAACGAAGGUAAAGGAGAGCCAAAAACACGUGGAGGAGGGCAAGAUGGAGAGACAGCAGGCUGACGGCAUCAACGAGCGCUGCAACAUCAUCUCUUUCGCCACACUGGCUGAAAUCCAGCACUUCCACCACAUCCGUGUGCGCGACUACAAGGCACAGAUGCAGCAUUACCUACAGCAGCAGAUCAGCUUUUUCCAGAAGGUCACAGGGAAGCUCGAAGAGGCCCUGAGGAAGUACGACAACGCUUAGAUCCACCACGGCUGGACCUCGCGCACCACCCUUCACCCCUCUCCUGGUGUUAGCACUAGACGAGAGUUAGCCAGCCCCAGUUUAGCAAUACUUUACUCCGAGAGACGAAAAACAACCCCCCUCUCGGUUAUCUACACGAAUUCUUUACCCACACAAUGAACGUCUUGCCACGGCUCUGAGGGGCUAAAUAAAGCUUGGGUGAAAAUAUGUGGCGAGAUAGUGUUAACCCUCUCUAGGAGAGGUCGUUCUUUCCAGAAAACGGGGAGGGCCGAUGGGCUGAGCUUUAGACAGCGACGAAUGGGGAGGGCCGAUGGUUUCCACCACAGAAACCAGCCUUUUGAAACACCUGGAUUACCUCUGUGAAACUGAAGCUGUGGGGGUUGAAAAGCGUUCCAUUGAAAGUGAGCAAACACAGCCGGCCCGGGUGACGUAAGCUUUAUCUUAACAAAACAACAGAGAGAAAUCUUUCGUUUAGGCUACUAAUGUAACGUUUUUUUUUUUUGUUUUUUUUUUAGAGAGAACUUUAUUUACUCUGCCUUCUCAGACUGUUGACAUUUGGAAUUUUUUAACAUGACUAAAGUCAGGAGGAUAUCUUCUUCUCCUCGCAGUGCUGUCGUGUGGCUUUCCACUGCCAACCUUUGGAACACAAGAGCCCUUUCCAGUUAGCCAACUUUAUACAAAAUGUAAACACCUCGCAGAGCAGCUGUCUUCACUUCAUCGUGCCUUCAAUCCCGUCUUUUUUGGUAUUUUUAUUCUUUCUUUUAAGCAGUGACAUAUACAGUAUGUAUUGUACUUAAUCUCAGAUUUGUUUUUACAAGGCUUGAUUUUAUUAUCUACGAGAUCUCAGCUGCUGCUAGGCCAAGGAGUCGCAUGGUGAUAAGCCUUGGGAAAGGAAGGAUGCCCUAAAUUGUCUCAUUUUUCCCCCGGUGUUAUUUUCAGUCCGGAACACGGGAUGCAUAAAGAAACAACAUUUGUGCUCCAGCUAGAUUACCAAUCAUUCCCAGAAGACAGAAAAGAAGCUAUUCCCACAGCGAGUGGAUCAGUGUCUAAAUAAAGCAAGUGUGCAGGAAUCCAAACAAAACAAGAAUAUGACGAUAAACUAAAAGCACAGCUUACUCAGGACUCCAUUUCAGUUGAUUUCAUCAUGGACACUAAAAAAGACUUAUCUCUUCUUCUUGGCAAAAGAAUCUGGUAUUUUAAGUAAUUAAAGUUUCAUGAUGAACGGAGAAUUUAUUUUCUACAAGAUUAAUGGAAGGAAAAUGUUUAAUUUAACAUUAGUUGUGGAAAACACACCUGGUUUAUUCAGGAAAAAUAUAUAUUUUCUUCUGAAAUAAAUCCCCUACAUCAUUCA